UGUGCUGCAGUUUAUAUGGACUAAGAAGUCCCCAAAGCGUCUGAACUCCUUGUAGUUCGUCCCCACUUCAUCUUGUUUUGCUUUUUCCCCCUCUCCUUCUCUCCAGCAGGGGGGCGAGGUUUAGAGCUAAAUUUUAUUUUAUUAUUACACAGAGCCAGCUCUCCCACUAGCUAUAUUUCAUACACUCACUCACUCAGUAUGGAGCUCAACUCUCUGUUAAUCCUCCUGGAGGCAGCUGAAUAUUUGGAGAGAAGAGACCGAGAAGCAGAACAUGGCUAUGCAUCAGUUUUACCUUUCCAUACUGAUUACUCCUUGAAGAAAACCAAAUCAGCCUCAUUAUCUAGAAAAUCUCAGAACAACAGGUCAUCACACAAUGAGCUAGAAAAACACAGGCGAGCAAAACUACGACUAUACUUGGAGCAGCUUAAACAACUAGUGCCACUUGGGCCAGAUAGCAACAGACAUACCACUUUAAGCCUCUUAAAAAGAGCAAAAAUGCACAUCAAGAAACUAGAAGAACAGGACCGAAAAGCACUUAAUAUUAAGGAGCAGCUUCAGAGAGAACAUCGCUACCUCAAGUGCCGUUUAGAGCAGCUGUCUGUCCAUGGGAUGGAGCGAAUGCGGACAGAUAGUAUGGGCUCCAUCAUGUCUACUGACUCGGAGCAAGAAGUAGACAUUGAAAGCAUGGAGUUUACACCAGGGGAAAUGGACAGUAUCGGAAGUGCCAGUGAUGUGGAAGACCACUACAGUUUGCAAAGUGGCUCCAGUGAUGGGAGUUUUACACAUUCCCUGAGACUCAAUUCCAGGCUGUCGUAGUGGUCAAAAUACUGAACCAACUCAGGACCAUCCAGCUGAAGGCACUUAAGAGAAAACAAAUGAAUACAAAAAAACUUAAAAAAAAAAAAAGCAAGAA